GGAACUAAAAUGAACGUAUACAACAAAGAUGGCGUCUCCCGGUGAGCCGAAAGUGAAUGUUUCCCACGUGGAGAAAAAGAAAAAGCCUCCAGCUCGGUACUGGUUGAAGCAACAGGACGAAGAGAACCAUGAAAGCAAAGAUGGAAAACAAACAGAGGAGGCUGGCCAGCGGGAGGAGAAACAGACAACGAAAACAACGAGAAGCAAUCAAAGAGAUGAGCUGACGUAUGAAAAUAAAGCUGGGGAGAAAUUGGACCCUUUCCCUGGACCAGCUGUUAUCUCAACAGACAGGCUGCAAAAAUUCAAGAGGAAAGAUAAUGCUCAAAAGACUCGCAAGCAGCGGUUCUUGCUGCAAGACGUGAUCACUCGUUCAGAAGAAGCUUCUGAAAUGGCCCAGAAACAAGCUGCUCGAUUUGACCUCCUGCUCCCAGAGGAGGCUGGAUUUUUAGAAGGAGAUGAAGAUGAGGACACAUGUAUGAUAACACAGGAGGAUAUCGCAGAUGCUGUGGAUGUGACAUCUGGAGCAAAGUAUUUCAGUCUGAAAAUGACUCAGUUUGGACCAUAUCGAGUGGAUUACAGCAAAACGGGCCGUCACCUGCUGCUUGGUGGAAGGAGAGGUCAUGUGGCUUGUGUAGACUGGCAGACCAAACAGCUCAUGUGUGAGAUUAACGUUAUGGAGUCGAUCAAUGAUGUAAAGUGGCUCCAUACUGAGAACAUGUAUGCUGUGGCUCAGAAGAAGUGGCUGUAUAUUUAUGACUCCAACGGGAUCGAGCUGCACUGCAUUCGCCGGUUCAAUGACGUCCUUCGAAUGCAGUUCCUCCCGUACCACUUCCUGCUCGCCACAGCGAGUGCUACAGGCUUCCUGCAGUACUUGGACGUGUCGAUUGGAAAGGAGGUGGUAGCCAUCUGCACCAAAACGGGCCGACUCGAUGUGAUGUGUCAGAACCCGCACAACGCCAUCAUCCACCUCGGUCACCCCAACGGCACAGUCACCCUCUGGUCACCGAAUCAGAAAGAAGCCCUCGUCAAGAUGCUUUGUCACCAAGGAGGUGUGCGCUCGGUCGCUGUGGACAAGACGGGCACAUACAUGGUAACAUCUGGAAUGGAUAAAAAGCUGAAAGUCUUUGACAUUAGAGCCUUCAAACCUCUAAAGUCCUACUUCCUUCCUGCUGGAGCUUCAUGUUUGUCUCUGAGCCAGAGAGGACUCCUGGCUGCGGCCACGGGGGACAUCGUUCAGGUGUACAGGGACGUGUGGAGCGCUCCAGUCUCUAAACCCUACAUGGCUCACAGGGUUCGGGGGACAGUGUGGGGGCAGCACUUUUGUCCCUUCGAGGAUGUCCUUGGAGUUGGACACGGAGAGGGUUUCACCAGCAUGCUAAUACCAGGUGCUGGUGAACCUAACUUUGACGCCCUUGAUGCAAAUCCCUACCGUAGUGCAAAGCAAAGGCAGGAGUGGGAGGUCAAAGCCCUGCUGGAGAAGAUACAGCCAGACCUCAUCAGCCUCGACCCCACGAAGCUGGGACAGGUUGACCAUGCGACCUUUGAGCAGAAGCAUCAAGAGAGGGUUCAGGCUCUGGGCUUUGACCCACUUGCUAAAGAAAAAUUUGUUCCAAAAUUUAAGAAGAAAGGUCGCAGUUCUGCCGGCAGUAUUGAAAGGCGCAAGAGACAAGUGGCUGAUGUGGAUCAGAGGGAUGUUAUCAAAAAAUCUUUGGAGGACAAAAGAAAAAUAGAAGAAGAACGAAAGAGGAUUGAGGAAAAGAAGGCAAAACUAUCUGGACAAACCUCUGCUCUUGACAGAUUCAAAAAGUAGAGAAGGACUCUUUGUGUUGCUGAGAAUGCAUUGACGUUCUUUGGGGCGGACCUUUGACCUUCAUAUAAAAGACACACUUUAUUUGAACAUGUUAAUGUGCUGUAGCAGCAGGACGCCAACAGCAGAAACUUUGUAGUGAGAAUGCAUUCUGAAGGGAAGCUGUUCAUCAAAUCAAAAUUUGCUGGUCUGAUUUCGUGAACGAUUGCAGCCUGAAGUGCAUCCUGUACAUGUUAACCCAACAUGAUGAGCUUUAGUUGACACUGAUCAUCAUCCCAAGGUUGUGUUAAAUGCCUGUUGAUUUUUGUACCAAUAAACACAAUCUCCA